CGUGUCUCAAUGCAUGACAAUUGCACCAUCCACCUGCAAGUCACCAAUCAAUUCAUCUCUGCAUCUCUGCUGCAUGCUCUAUAUAGCAGCUAGCUAGCUACCGGUAGUUUAGAAUAUAACAACUCACAAUCACAAUAAAUUAUGGGAGAUCAGAGCCACCCAAAGUCCACAGAAGUAUCAUCUGCUCAGAAGGUGUCCCCUAGCCCUGUAGUUGACACCUCUGCACAGGGCGUAGUGUUCAAGGACAUUUGUGUGGAUGUGGCCACCAAGAGAAUACUGUGGAGUGUGUCAGGUCAUGCCCGACCAGGAGCUGUGCUGGCCAUUCUUGGGCCGUCUGGUUCUGGCAAGACGACAUUGCUCAACACUCUGGCUGGUCAGGUCAAGAAGAGCUCUGGCUUGAUAUCACUCAAUGGACGAAAUCUCACCAAAAAGAACAGAAGGAAGACCAGCUAUGUACUCCAGUCUGACGUAUUUUUCCCUAACCUCACCCUCAGAGAAACCAUCACCUAUUCUGCGUUGCUGAGACUACCACGAGAGUACAGCUUCAGAGAGAAACUCAACAAAGUGGAGGAGAUCAUCAAAACACUUCAUCUGGAGGACUGUGCUAGCACAAUUAUUGGCAAUCCACUGGCGAGGGGUUUGUCAGGAGGAGAGAAGAAGAGAACCAACAUUGGCUGUGAGCUGCUCACUGACCCACACCUACUGCUACUGGAUGAGCCCACGUCAGGUCUAGACAGCAGCAGUGCUCUGAGUCUGUUGGAGACCCUAGUGAGUGUGGCAAGGGAGGACAACAAGACUGUCAUCACCUCCAUCCAUCAACCUUCCUCACAACUGUUCCACAUGUUUGAUGGAAUACUCAUCAUGGCCAAGGGAAAGGUCGCCUAUUUUGGAGCAGCCUCAGAAGCCAUGGACUAUGUAGCCAGUGUAGGACUGAGGUGUACCAUGCAUUACAACCCUGCUGACUAUCUUCUUGAGUUGGUGAGUGUGGACAGUAGUCGCAAGGUGCUCAUUGGAGAGGACCCUAAACAAGAGGAGAGGCCAGUCAUCAAGAAGUGGUGGCAGAAGCUGUUCAGUCGCUCCCCCCAGCCUCUCCCACCAGCAAUUGAUGAACUUGUACCUAUUGAAGACUAUACAUCAAGUCCUCAACUACCACGCUCACCCACAGUGUCUGCCAUUAACCCUCUGAGUCUGGAGAAAGUUGAUAAUCCCUCAAGCCCUCCAGACAACACCUCGGGUCCCCCGGACAACAGUAGUGAGACUGUAUCCACCCACAGUAACGAGGGGGAGGGGAGACACAUCCCCCAGGACCGCAAGUGGGCCACUCGAUGGUACUGGCAGUUCCUGGUACUCCUUGUACGCACAUUCAGAGAGUCACGACACAACACUCUGUCAUUCCUCAACUUCACACAGUCUGUGUUCCUGGCCAUCGCUUGUGCACUCGUAUGGUUUCAAGUGCCCAAAGCAGAGGAGAGCAUCGCUGAUGCCUACGCUUUUCUUUUCUUCUCAAUUACCUUUUGGGGAUUCAAUGCUACUUUUUCAGUCGCUUUCGAAUUUCCCAGUGACCACCCAGUGGUUACCAAAGAACGUUCCAGUGGCACAUACCACCUAUCAGCUUACUUCAUGGCCAAGCUUGUCAGUGAGCUGCCUCUGCUGUUUCUACAUCCAACACUCUUUCAUUUCAUCUGUCACUUUAUUAUCGGGCUUAACAAUACAGCAUAUGGAUUCUUUGGAAUGUGGCUGACCUACAUUGUAACAUCUCUGGUGGGACAAUCCAUUGGUCUGUUUUUAUCAGCCUCUUUUUUGAACCUAAAGAACAUUAUACUCUAUGGAUCUGUGUUGAUGCUGACCUUUAUGCUCGUGGGAGGUUUUUUUGCCGAAAAUCUACCGUUUUGGCUGCAAUGGAGUAAAUAUACUUCCUUCAUCACAUAUAGUUACAGAGCUUGUCUCCAGUUCAGCUUCCCACCCGAUGUUCAAUACAGUUGUGCUGAGAUGUCAGAGUAUGCAGUGUGUAGUAACUCCACUGGCACUGGGAAUGCCACCAUCUCAGGGACGGACAUUCUGGACGGCCUCGGAGUGGAUACACCACUAUAUGCUAAUAUCCUCAUCCUCAUUGGUAUUGCUCUCUUCACACGUUAUCUUGCCUACCUCAGCUUGAGGUAUCUACACAGACCCAAGAACUGAACUAUAAUUAUAAUGUACGUGUCUUAUAAUAAUUGGUAUUGUAACCAAAUUCCAUUCAUUUUAUAAUAUUUUUGACACAAUAAUUAUUCAAAUGGGUUAAUAAAACAUGGUAAACAA